AUGAAGCAGAGUUCACAACAAAGAAUAGAAUUGACUCCUAUCAUGGAGACAUUCUCAACCACAUGUUUGGAAUUGACCUCAUGCAACAAGUAUGUAGGUGAAAUCCCACCUGAACUUGGAAUGAUGAGCACCGUCCGGGCAAUGAACUUACCAGACAACAAUCUAACCGGACCAAUCCCUACAACAUUCUCAAACUUGAAGCAGAUGGAGAGUUUGGAUCUUUCCUACAACAAUUUAAUUGGUAAAAUUCCACUUGAAUUGACCGAAAGUCUAGAAGUCUUCAGUGUGGCACAUGAUAUCUUAUCAGGUACAACACCAAAAAGAAAAAAUCAAUUCGGGACUUUUGAUGAAAGUAGUUAUGAGGAUAACCCUCUUUUGUGUGGACCUACAUUACAUGAUUGCACCAAAAUUGGACCUCCUCCUACAAUGCUAGUGGAUCAUGAUGGGGAAGGUGGGGGUAGUGAAAGUUCAAAAAACGUGUAA